UGCUCUUUGCGGUGUGGGGAGAGAGAGAGGGAGGAGGGCUGGCCAUCUACAGCAAUCUCCCUAUAAGAAACGAAAGCACAACCAAACCUCUUGUGCCGUCCAUUCAUCCAUCGCUCAUCCAUACUCCCACGUACCAACUACCGUGGUCCGUUGAAAUGGUGACCGUCGAUGCCAUCCGUAAGUCGCAGAGGGCCGAAGGAACGGCCGCCGUGAUGGCAAUCGGGACCGCUAACCCACCGAAUGUUGUGGAUCAAAGCACGUACCCGGACUACUACUUUCGAGUCACGAACAGCGAGCACAAGGUGGAGAUAAAACAGAAGUUCAAGCGCAUGUGUGAAAAAUCCACGAUCAAGAAGAGGUACAUGUAUUUGACGGAGGAGAUUUUAAAGGAAAAUCCUAACGUAUGUGCCUACAUGGCUCCAUCAUUCGAUACAAGACAAGACAUGGUGGUGGUGGAAGUACCCAAGCUAGGCAAAGAAGCUGCAUCCAAAGCCAUCAUGGAGUGGGGCCAGCCCAAGUCCAACAUCACCCAUCUCAUCUUUUGCACCACCAGCGGCAUCGACAUGCCCGGCGCCGAUUACCAGCUCACAAAGCUCCUCCACCUCCGCCCCUCAAUCAAACGUCUCGUACUCUACCAACAAGGUUGCUUUGCCGGUGGAACCGUGCUUCGACUCGCAAAAGACCUUGCUGAAAACAACAAAGGUGCACGUGUCCUGGCCAUCUGCUCUGAGAUCACAGCCGUCACUUUCCGUGGGCCCAGCGACACUCACCUCGAUAGCCUUGUCGGCCAAGCACUUUUCGGAGACGGCGCAGCUGCUGUGAUUGUGGGUGCAGAUCCCAUCCCUGGCAUUGAGAAACCUUUGUUUGAGCUUAUCUCCGCAGCCCAGACAAUACUCCCAGACAGCGAUGGAGCCAUCGAUGGUCAUCUUAGGGAAGCGGGUCUGACCUUCCACCUUAUGAAAGACGUGCCAGGGCUCAUUUCAAAUAACAUUGAAAAGAGCCUUAUUGAGGCCUUAGAGCCGUUGGGUAUUUCCGACUGGAACUCUCUGUUCUGGAUCAUGCACCCAGGUGGGCCUGCGAUCUUGGACCAUGUGGAGAUGAAGCUGGGACUUAAGGCUGAGAAGCUGCGUGCGACGAGGCACGUGCUGAGUGAGUAUGGGAACAUGUCGAGCGCGUGCGUGCUGUUUAUACUGGAUGAGAUGAGGAAGAAGUCGGUGGAAGAAGGGUGUAAGACGACUGGUGAAGGUCUUGAGUGGGGCGUGCUAUUCGGGUUCGGACCUGGGCUUACCGUCGAGACAGUCGUGCUUCACAGCGUGGCUGGCUAGAGGCUCGCUGUUAGGUGAA